AUGGCCCAAUGUGAGAUGUGGGCCGGCCCUACAUUGAACUACUUCGAGUACCCAGGCGCGGACAGCUAUGCUGAAUACACCAGCAACAACCAAUACAAGAAAGACGAUGGCACGAACUAUGACUCAAAUCAUGGGCAAUGCCAAAACACCCAUUGGUACUCGAUGUGGCGGGGGUUUGAAAGGUGCGACGUCUCGCCCAAAAACGAAUCAUUCCCGUGCUAUGAUUCCCAGCACAGAGUCAACCCCUAUCCCCGCGGCUUCAUGUGCUGGAAGAACGAGCCGUGGGACAUGUGCGCCUUCGGUAUUUUUGACCCGGCCGCGAGCGUUAAAGAGACAUGCAAGCUAUACCGAUACGAAGAUACCGACGACGGGUCAUAUCUGGAGUCUUACACCACCAUGGAGCAACUACUCUCAGAGGAUUACGCCGUCAGUCUGGGACAGCCAAUCCUUGCGGGUGGCGGGACAUGUGCUGCUUCUCAAGACGAAGCUGAUUCAGACUGCAAACAGCAGGGAGACGGAGCGGAGAACUUCGCGGUGUCGUCGUGUUCGCUUCAAAGCCCGGGCGACUCAGAAACGAAGGGCCUUGCGGACUAUGAUGCGUGCCUCGCACAGUGCACUGGCGAAUCGGCUACCUACAUGGCUAAGCUCAAGAAAAAAUAA